CAUUUCCGCUCCAAAAAGUACUUCCGGUGUAUCUGCCUCUUUUCUUUCGGUGCUCCUCUAAACGCGAUUUCUGUGGCCAAACUCUCGAAAAACGUCUUCAACUGUUUUUCUAAGCAUCACAAUUGUCAUUGCAAUUUUUCCCAUUCCAAUGAAAUCGGUCCUCUGUGGGAUUCAAACCGGGGAACUUGCAGCCUUCCCUUCGCUUCAAACACUAGUUCGCUCCUGCUUUGCAUAAAACAGGUCUGUCAUCGAGUUCCCAGACUGAAAUCGACAGUCCGUCUGAAUAUGCCACUUUCAUAACCCUUUUUGCUGCACUGAAAGUAAUUUGCAGUCAGUAAUCUGGACUAUUAACCUCCGUGGAGCUAAAGCUGCUAGCAACAGAGACUUAAUCAGUGCUGUUUUGUUUACGUUGAAGCUUUAAAAGUUCAUGAUUUAGAGCUACAAGACGAGUCCAGACUGCGAGUUGAUCAGACUGUGCGGGACAGACUCCAUCCUCUGUGGACACCUCCUCUAACCUUGUUGUCCAGCUGAGGACCGAGAGACUGGGGACAGUUCCAGAGAGGACACAGAGCUGCUGACCAAGGCAGCAGAAAAUGCAGCCUAUGACUGAAAACUUUAUCUAAUACUGAAGGUCGCAAACAAGAGAUUGUGAAAAGGUGGACAGAUGAUGAAGGUUGAAGCAGACGACCUUGGAGGACUCAGUUUGGUGUCCCUCAUACCGGCAGCAUCCUCAUCAGAACUGGAGCAGAAACAAGACAACAAAGAUCUCAUCCAUCAGGUUUUGGUGAUAAAAGAAGAGGUUCCCCAUGAAUGGAGACCCAGUUUAGACCAGCAUGACCCAGAACUCCCCCACAUAAAGGUGGAAGAAGAGGCACAGUGGAUUAGUCAAGAGGAAGAGCAGUUUACUGUGAAGAUUGAGGAUGAAGAGAAUCCUCGGUUAUCACAGCUUCAUCACCUCAAAACUGAAGACAACAGAGAGACAGACGCUCGAACCAGCAGCUCAACUGAACGAAUGAAAACUGAACCUGAUGGUGAGGACUAUGUAGGACCAGAAUCAGACAGGAACACAGAUCCAAUUUGUUUUUCUCAUCAAACCAAGAUGAUUGUUCCAAGAAGUAGUAAAACAUCUAAACUGUGUUCCAAAGUUACAUCUCAAAUUGGAGUAAAAUCUGAAGAGAAACCAUUUGGUUGCACUGUUUGUGACAAAAGAUUUAAACGUAAGUAUUCCCUUGAAUUACACAUGAUGGUUCACACUGGAAAAGUGAAACAUAGCUGUGAUCUUUGUGGUAAAGCAUUUAGACAAAAGGGUUACCUUCGGACACAUAUGAGAGUCCACACUGGAGAGAAACCAUUUGCCUGUGAUGUUUGCUGUAAAAGGUUUCAUGCAAAGACAAAUCUUAAAAUUCACAUGAAACUCCAUUCAGUAGAGAACCCUUUUCCCUGUGAUAUUUGUGGCACAGGAUUUAAGACAAAGGAAAGGCUUAAGAAGCACAUGUGGAAGCACAAUGGAGAGAAACCAUUUUUUUGUGGUAUUUGUAGUAAAAGGUUUUUACACAAAAAUAGUUUAAAAAGUCAUAUGCAAUUUCACACAGGAGAAAAACCAUUUAUUUGUUCCAUUUGUAGCAAAGGUUUUUCACGACUACAAAGUUUAAAGAUUCACAUGCAUGUUCACACAAGAGAGAAACCGUUUGUUUGUAGUGUUUGUAGUAAAGGAUUUUCACAAAAAGAGAGCCUGAAAACUCACAUGCGCAUUCACACUGGUGAAAAACCAUUUAUUUGUAGUGUUUGCAGUCAAGCAUUUUCAAAAAAUGGGGACCUAAAACGUCACAUGUGUGUUCACACAGGUGAGAAACCGUUUAUUUGUAGUGUUUGCAGUAAAGGAUUUAAACUAAAAGAGAGCCUGAAAUCUCACAUCCGUGUUCACACCGGCGAGAAACCAUUUAUCUGUAGUGUUUGCACUAAAGGAUUUUCACAAAAACAGAGCCUGAAAACUCACAUGCGCAUUCACACGGGCGAGAAACCAUUUAUUUGUAGUGUUUGCGGUCAAGGAUUUUCACGUAAAUGGGAUCUAAAGAGUCACAUACGCAUUCACACAGGUGAGAAACCGUUUAUUUGUAGUGUUUGUAGUCAAGGUUUUUCAUUAAAAGAGAGUCUAAAGCGUCACAUGCGUGUUCACACGGGUGAGAAACCAUUUAUUUGUAGUGUUUGCAGUAAAGGAUUUUCACAAAAAGAGAUUCUGAAAACCCACAUGCGUGUUCACACAGGUGAGAAACCAUUUACCUGUAGUGUUUGUGGUAAAGGAUUUUCUCAUUCUGGAGGUCUAAAAACACACAUGUCUACUCACAAUACACAAAUUAGCUGUAGUAAGUACAGGGUUUCCCCCACCGUAUCUAAAUAGCUAACGUGCUAGCUGUUAUUAGCUUGACCAAUACCUCCAUGCGCGUGGACGUACUGUGUCAAUUCCAUCAAGUUCACCCACAUGACGCAAUGUUCUGCAAAUGAAGCUCAAAAUUAACAGAUUAACUUCAGCAUUAAAGUUAUUUAUAUUACUGGUAGUCGUUGUAAUAUUUCCAUGAAUCCAUCACACUCUCAUCAACAUGGUCACAAUGUCUUCUGUUUGAAAUCAUAUCUGUCAGGGAAAACUACACCCUGAACACAGUUCAACCAGAAACCAGACUGUUUAUUUUCUUUU